AAGACAUAAAGAUAGAAAAUAUAUCAUAUCAUAUCAUAUCCCAAAUAAUAAAAUUAUUAUUGUAAAAAUGGCAACCGUGGCACAAAGAGUUGAAAGCUUAGCAUUGAGUGGAAUAUCAUCAAUUCCAAAAGAAUAUGUGAGACCAAAAGAAGAAUUAACAAACAUAGGUAACAUAUUUGAUGAAGAAAAAAAACAAGGGCCACAAGUUCCAACAAUUGAUAUAAAAGAAAUAAACUCUUCAGAUGAAUUUGUUAGAAGAAAUUGUAGGGAGAAGCUUAAGAAAGCUGCUGAGGAAUGGGGUGUGAUGAAUUUGGUGAAUCAUGGUAUUUCUGAAGAAUUACUUAACCGACUUAAAAAAGCUGGUGAAACUUUUUUUAAGUUACCUAUUGAAGAAAAAGAAAAGUAUGCUAAUGAUCAAAGUGAUGGGAAGAUUCAAGGGUAUGGAAGUAAAUUAGCUAAUAAUGCUAGUGGUCAACUUGAAUGGGAAGAUUAUUUCUUUCAUUGUAUUUUUCCUAAGGAUAAGCGUGACUUAUCCAUUUGGCCUAAGACUCCAGCUGAUUAUACUGAGGUCACAACUGAAUAUGCAAAGGAACUAAGAGGCUUAGCUAGCAAGAUAAUGGAAGUCUUAUCUCUUGAACUUGGCUUAGAAGGAGGAAGGUUAGAGAAAGAAGUUGGUGGAAUGGAAGAGCUUUUACUUCAAAUGAAAAUAAACUAUUACCCAAUUUGCCCUCAGCCAGAAUUAGCACUUGGAGUUGAAGCUCAUACAGAUGUAAGUUCACUUACUUUCUUACUCCACAACAUGGUACCAGGUUUGCAACUUUUUUAUGAGGGCAAAUGGGUCACAGCAAAAUGUGUACCUGGUUCAAUUCUAAUGCAUAUUGGUGACACAAUUGAGAUUCUUAGUAAUGGAAAGUACAAAAGUAUCCUUCACCGUGGAUUGGUUAAUAAGGAAAAAGUUAGAAUAUCUUGGGCAGUGUUUUGUGAACCACCUAAGGAGAAAAUUAUUCUUAAGCCACUUCCUGAACUUGUCACUGAAAUUGAACCAGCACGUUUUCCGCCUCGUACUUUCGCUCAGCAUAUUCAUCACAAACUUUUUAGGAAGAGUGAAGAGGAGAAGAAAGAUGAUCCCAAAAUUUGAGUUUUCAUAAGUCAUAAUUUAACCGAGAUUGUAUCGUAUUUAUCGUAUCUAUCUUAGCUUAUGAACUUUUUGUGUGUAAGUGUAAUAAUAGACUGUUUAUAUGUAUGCAGUCUAAAUUUGUUGUAUGUUGUUUCUUUUAAUAAGAAAACUAUUAGUCA